AUGAUAUGGGUGACGGACCUGAAACAAGGGACUGAGCUUGUUGCGACGUCGCUUGCAAGUUGCCAGGAGCAUUCCACGGUCCUACAGGAUUUUCACAGGGUUUUCACUCCCAUUAUUUCAGAUUGUCCUUCGUCGAGGAAUGCAGGAGGCUCGAUGUCCCAUAGGACGCAGACCGGGCCGCAGCCUGAAAAACGACAUAUUUCCGCCACUUCAACAGACACCAAUGCCUCGGGAGUGGCAGAGAGUGCGAUAAGCUACUCAGCUUUCCCUGAGCCUCCCUCGUCUAUACCCAGUACGCCUACCAGAUCAACAAUUUCAGCGUCCGCAACACCUCGACCUAACCCAGUCCCUCCUUUAAAACGUUUACGGAAUCCUAGGGAGAAUUCGUCGUUCAAGCCCCCGAUAGAACCUCUCGAUACGCCCUAUUCUCGCUCAGUUUCUCCUCAUGAUUGGCAUGAGGGUGCAUCUAGUAUCGAUGUGGAUGCUACAGAAGACCGCCUUCUUUCAACUUCCUUCAUCACCUCCUUACUCCAGGAAAGCUCGGAUGCCAGCACUCGUCGGUCUAUCAAUAGCGACGCAAUCAGCGCUUUUUCAGAGAUGACCUAUCCUCCCCCUUCCCGUCAGUUCAUAUCGGCAAGCCAUAGUGCCAAUUCGCCGGCCUCUGCCGCCACCAAUUUUUCUACCAGAACCCCUAAUCGCAAAUACCCUUCCCAGCGUCCAGUCGGUUCACGACCAGCUCCCAGUCCAUACUCCCCUAUACCAGAGAGUUUCGGCCUGAUAACAGACGACACAGGUACUAUGGUAUCCACUGUUGAACCAGCACCCGCCAUCAUACCGCCUGUGGGUGCUAGCAGAUCGCAAGCUUUGCAUUCUCCGAUACCUGUGAUCGGAGCAACACCUGCAACAUUGCGCACCGUUCCUGGAACCAGCCACAGACUCAGUCCAGAUGUUGGGCAGUCGGAACCGAGCGAUGGAGAAGACAAAGCACUUGUUGACCAUGGGACUAGUUCUUAUCCUCAACACCACACAAGGAAAUUUCCUUUCUCUCAACACAGUCAAUCCCGACAGUCCUUCCAUUCUUCGAGGAGCAUUGCCACUUCUGUCAUAUCCAGGUUAUCUGCCGGUGUUGCCCGUGUAUUGCCUUGGAGAAAGACGAAACCUCUACCACCUGUUCCCACGAUCCCGAUAGCUGCCCAAAUAACGGACCGCAGAGAGGAAGCUCAAUUACAGUUGUCUGAUUUGGCUGCCCGUGCGGAGACUUUGAAUGAGUUGCUUGAGAAAGGCUAUCAUCCUCAUCAAAGCGUGGGAUCCUCCUUCACUAUCAAAAAGCUCGAAAGCCAAACUUCUGCUCUAACGACCUUGAGGAGUGGAGGGAUCUCCCAGCACCCUUUGCAACCACGUAAUACUCUACCCCUGGCCCCAACCGACGGCAGCCAUCAGAGAUCCGUGUUACCAGCAAACAGAAAAAGGUAUUGUGUGAUCCUGGUGCUUUUCAUCAUCAUUGCAGGGGCAGCCAUUGGAGCGGGUGUUGGUGUUACUGUCAGCCGUAAAGGACCGAUUACUCCCAAAUGCGCGGGCCAGUUCACGGGCAUGGCUUGUGAUCUCAAUGCGACCUGUGUUUGUAUACCAUCGACCGCGGGAAGUUGUAACGCCCUCGCUAGCGCAGUGAUCGAUGCAAUACCGUUGAUGAAUGAUGCGUUCAGCACAAACUAUACUUUAUCCUCAACUUAUAAUUCCUUGUGGUUAGCCCACGCGGCUACGUCGAGCAGUGAUUGUGGGUCACAAGCGCUGUUAAUCGAUGCUGCACCUGGCCUCAAGUUCGUUGAUUCUCCUAAUCGAACACAAUGGGCGCGUUCAGCAUUAUUGUGGACUGUGUUACAGACUCAGGAUGUGCAGGUAGUUCAGAAUAUGCAAAAGGCUCUACAAAAUGCGCCUUGGUCAUCUGUAGGCAGCUCCGACGGUGUCGUAGAGGACAAGAAGAACGCGUUUUCGACUUCUGCGUCCGGUUUUACGUUCAACUUUGCUUCACAGACGGUAACUCAACCCAGUGUUACGUUUGUGAACAAUGGACAGCCAUCGAAUGCGCAGAUCGGAAGAGUUGGCGGAGCGUCCCUCGAUGCCCUCAAUCGCAUGUAUAGCUAUGCUUUUGCUUCCUCAACCCAACGGCAGACUGCGCUUUCCACUUAUUGGAGUUCCGUUCUCCAGCAGCGACCAGAGGAUCUUCCUUCGUUCAAAUCCGCGAUAACUUCUGCCCCCAUUUUACUCCCCUUCGAUGCGACUUUUAAACCUUUGACAUCUCUCAUGAGAAAUGAUUCCAACUCGCCAUUCCCACCGCCGCUCGGGUGUUAUUCGGGAUUGAAUCAGUCGGUAAUAGACAGGAUCAACAAGGUUGAACAGGGGGUAUUUGGUCUAUCCGCGGUUAGUCCUGCAUCCAGCUUCGACAUAUCGUGUUUUCCUGGUCGACCUAUUUAUGGAGUGCUUGAUGUGCUCCGUCUUCGGCUUCCUUUCAUUGACUCGCAUGCCGGAACCGGCAAACAAGCCGUUGUGCUGCGCCAAGACGUAUAUCCCCGAGCGAUCCUACACACUGGUGAACUUCUCAGUGCUCUCGGCCCUUUUUCAGAAACUCUGGAGGCCACUCCAUUCAUUGCUAAUCCCCGAGAUCAUGGCACAGUCAACAACGUCAAUCAUGUGAUACUCAACUUCCUCCUUUCAAUCUCGGAUGUCAACCUUGCCAUGUCCCUCAUCCAGUUCAUCCUCUUAGCUCGUGGCACGCCCCCGCCAGACAACGGAUUCAUUGCUAAAUCGCUCUCCAGCAUCCCGUCUAUCGAAGUCGCCAUCUUUGGCUCUGUCUCGGGGGCUGAUGUAACCUCUGCUGUUUCCUCUUUUUCAACUCCCUCUGGUUCGAUGUUCUUCGGCUCCUCUGCAGCUCAGGCUAUGCGACAGUGGUCAAUAGACGGACUAUCAGGAGCCGGCGUCUCAUGGACAGAAAAUGCGACGUCCCAAGAAAUCGCUCGCGAUAACAAGCUUGACGAUUCGAUAUGGAACGACGUCUGGAGGGCUGCAUCCACGGCUUUAGAAAGGGAUGCUCCCAAUGUUGGGAUAAAGAAUGUAACGGAUUCAUUGCGGAAUAAUGGCAAGUUUUCUCCAUGA